UCACACGGAAAGCAACGCAGUAGACUCUCAAGUUUGGUGUCACAAUGUCGUUCUUCAUUUUAACUUUUGUAUCUGUCCUGGCGAUCGGACUCGCCCAGAAAGAUCCGCAUUAUAUGGAUGGUAGAACAACUAUGGUUCAUUUGUUCGAAUGGAAAUUCGAUGACAUUGCCAAAGAAUGUGAGGAUUUCCUUGGUCCAAAAGGUUUUGGUGGUGUACAAGUUUCUCCUAUAAACGAAAAUCUCAUGAUAAAGGACAGACCCUGGUUCGAGAGAUAUCAGCCAAUGUCUUAUAAAAUUAUUACUCGAUCCGGAAACGAAAUCGAAUUUAAAAACAUGGUAAACAGAUGUAAAAAGGUCGGUGUGAAUAUAUACGUCGACACAGUCGUUAAUCACAUGGCAGCGGACGCUCAACCCGCGUAUGGUACCGGUGGCACUACAGCAAAUCCAGAAAAGCUUAGUUAUCCGGGAGUUCCAUAUAACUCAGUAGACUUCCAUACACCUAUAUGCCAAAUCGACAGUGCUGAUUACACGAACAAUGCUGCUAAUGUCCGAAACUGUGAACUGAACGGCCUUCACGAUCUCAAUCAAACCAAGACACAUUGUCGAAAUGAAAUCAUUAAAUUUUUCAAUAAAGUCAUCGGUUUUGGAGUCGCUGGCUUACGCAUUGACGCAGCUAAACACAUGUGGCCAAGCGAUCUUGAGUUUAUCUACAACCAGCUAAACUGUUUGCAUACCAAAUCUGAACGUUCAUCGAAUAAGCAAGCUUAUAUCUAUCAAGAAGUCAUCGAUCUCGGUGGCGAGUCUGUUAGCAAAUUUGAGUACAACAAUUUAGGAAAUGUCAUUGAGUUCUUAUUUGGAAUAAUUUUGGGUGGCAUGUUCCGUGGUCAAGACAAAUUGGCGAGACUGCAAACGUUUAGCAAUUCGAGCGCGUGGGGAUUGCUAGAAUCUAAGGACGCGUUAGUCAUGAUUGACAAUCAUGAUAACCAGAGAGGCCACGGUGCCGGAGGAGCCACCAUUCUAACAUAUAAGGACCCGAAACCAUACAAGAUGGCGAUAGCCUUUAUGCUCGCCCAUCCUUACGGUCAUCCUCGAGUUAUGAGUUCUUACAACUUUACUGAUCCCAGUCAAGGACCACCAGCGAAUUCGGAUGACAGCAUCAUUUCGCCUGAAAUCGUCAAUGGUCAGUGCAGCAACGGUUGGGUCUGCGAACACAGAUGGCCGCAAAUCUAUCACAUGGUUGAAUUCCGCAAUCUGGUCAACAAUGAACCAUUGCAGAACUGGUGGAGUGAUGGAAAUAAUCAGAUUGCUUUCUCCCGCGGCUCUAAAGGCUUCGUCGCCUUUGCUGUCGAGGGUGAUCUUCGCGAAAAAUUGCAAACUGGAUUGCCCCGCGGAACCUAUUGCGAUGUCAUAACGGGAGACAUAGUUGACGGCAAGUGCUCCGGAAAGUCGGUGGAUGUUGACGAUGAUGGUCAUGCGCUCAUUGAAAUUUUAUCAUCCGACCCGGAAGGUGUGCUCGCUCUUCAUAUACACAGGAAACUGUGAUGUUCGCGCGGUUAAUAAACUUCAAAAAGCAACAUUUUAUGAUUUUCUGCACGUGAUUAGUACAGAAUUAUGUAGAUUGCACUAGUGUAAAUGUGUGAUUAAAUAAAAAUAUAUAUAUAUAUAAA